UUCCAUUAUUCUUGUCUAUAUAAACCCUAAUCUAGGGCUUUUUCCAUCCCCACCCCGGAAACUCGCAAGAGAAGCAGCCGUUCUCCUUUUGGUCUCCUCGUAACUUUAUCUUCUCUUAGCCAAGGUUCAGUCAGAAUGGAUUCCCAAAUUAAGCAUGCUGUGGUGGUGAAAGUUAUGGGGAGGACAGGAUCAAGAGGUCAGGUGACUCAAGUGAGAGUCAAAUUUGUGGAUGAUCAGAACCGAUACAUUAUGAGGAACGUGAAGGGACCGGUUAGGGAGGGAGAUAUUCUCACCUUGCUUGAGUCUGAGAGAGAAGCUAGGAGGCUUCGUUGAUCGGUUUUAUCUUUGCUUUGUUACAUUGUUGAUGUUAUGUUGCAUUAGCUAGUUAUUAUCUGCUGAGUUUUGUUACUUUUAAAAAGGUGUCCAGUUUGUCAUACCAAGACUUGGAUUUGGGAGAAUGGUUUCCAUGGAUGAGUUGUUUUAAAGCUUCAUUAUGAUGUUGAAAUGAACUAAGUUGGUUUUGAGAUUUGUGUCCCGUUAA